CGCGUUUCUUCACUUCUUCACCAAGACCUAAACAUUCUGCUCACUCACACUCUGCCUAACAACAGCUCAACCAUCCACAAACUCACCAAGCAAACCAAGACAGGAUGUCCUACUAUAAUCAAGGCGGCGGCGGCUACGGCGGUGGAUAUAGCAACCAACCCCCACCACCACCUCAACUCCCCUACCCCUGGCGCGCAGAAUGGAUCCCUCAAGAAAACCGCUACAUCUUCAUCAACCCCGAGAACGGCGAACGUACCUUCGAGUUUCCCCGCGGGUAUGGAGGUCAAGGAGCAGCUUACGAUGGCGGGUACGGGGGAGGCGCAUACGGAGGUCCCGGAGGGCCGGGUGGGUAUGAACAACAACGACAAGGAGGAGGUUAUCCAACGGGACCUCAAGGCGACGCACCACACCACGAGAAGAAAUCUCACAAGGGAUUGAUCGGUGGAGCGUUAGGUGUAGCAGCCGGUUUGGCCGGUGGGGCUUUUCUGAUGCACGAAGGUCAUGAAGUCAAAGAGGAUCUCGAAGAGGACAAAUAUCGUGCUGAAGAACGAUUUGAUGGAUUUGAAAAUCGUAUGGAACAGGGUUUCGAUCGAUUUGGGGAGAGAGUUGAAGAUGCUCCGUAUGAUGCCGCGAGAUGGACGGGAGAGAAAGUUCAGGAUGUGGAAGAUUUUCCGCAGGAUGUUGAGCAACGGGUUGAGAGGUUUGGAGAUCGGGUUGAGAACCGUUGGGAUGAUGCUGUGGAUGAUGUGGAGGAUGCUCCGGAGAGGGUGGCGGGUUGGAUGGGGAAGAAGGUGGGUGAUGUGGAGAGGUUUGGGGAUGAUGUUGAUGAUGCUUAUGAUGAGGGACGACAGGAGGGACGGGAUGAUGAUGGUUGGUAGGAAGAAUUCGAGUUUGAGGUUCUGGUAUGUAACAACAAAACCCUCGUGAUGAAUGCGAACAAGUACUG